CCGUAAUCUGUUCCUCUUUCUUCUUCAUAGCCAUUGUAGAAUUUGGCGAUUGGAUUUCUCAACUGAAACACUUUAAUCGCCACCCACCCCCAUUAAUCCAUCUCUGUGCCAUGAACUCUCCUUUAAUCGCAUCGUUUUGCCUUCCUCCAAUCCUCUUUUAUGGAUUCGUUUUCCUUUCCUCUAUCUCAUUGUAUUUAUAUCGAAUCCUUUUCCAAAUCUUUCCAUACUCACAAAAAACUCACACGCGAUGAACUCCAACAGCAACACCUUUGUUUCCGGCGAUCUUACCUCCACGAAGUUGAUCAACUCCGCCGGCGAUCCUGUAAACCGUACGUCUGAAACCGGUGAUUCCUCCGCCGUAGCUAUCCCUAAAAGAGGCAUAACUCGUGUCUCCCCAGUGAACGCCGUCGCCGGUGCAGCAAGGUACACGAAACAUCAUGGCAAGGCCGUUGUCUCAUCCGAAAAGUCUGAUGCAGUUUUGUCAUUCAGAGAUGUGGGUCUCGGACCACACGAAGCUGAAUUGAGGUUUCGUCUGAUACAUUUUUGGGAGGCUCGGAAUCCACUCACAAAGACGCUUAUUGGUCUUGAAAUGCUGCUCAUCGACGAGCAGGGUAUUGUCAUCCAGGGGUUUAUUCCACCAGCGAGGAUUGACACCUAUCUCCCACACUUGAAAGCUGGUUCCAUAUACCGACUCACCAACUUCUACGGGUCUAAGAGCAAGGUUGUGUACCGGGUUGCUGAACCAAACGUGACUGUAACUUUCUCUUGGAACUCCGUCCUCUCUGCUUCAGCUGACAGUUCGGUUGGGUUUCCUGAGGAUCGGUUCCGAUUCUAUGGGUACAAGGAAUUUGAUGAGGCCUGUGACCGUAAAGGAGAUCUUUAUGAUUAUGUUGGUCAUAUGAAGUUGGUUAAUGAGCAUCCUGUGAAUGAUAGUCUUGUGCUUGAUGAGGCGGAGUUAGCUUCCUCACCUCGGAUUCUGCUCCAUGUUCAGACACAUGAAGGUCCUCUGAUGAAACUCUAUCUAUGGGACAAGGUUGCUUCGGAGUUCUGUGAGAAAUUCAGAGCUCACGGAAACACUCCAAGGGUUAUUCUGGUGACUACUGUGAACCCGAAACGAUUUGGAGGUGCAUUAUCUCUCACCUCAGUAACAUCUUCCCGUGUGUUUUUUGACUCCGACGUUGAACCAACCAGAGACUAUCUAACUUGGUUUCACUCGAACCCUAAUGUAGCUAACAUGGUUGAUGCCAAAGUUGUCACUAAGACUGAGACAGCUACUAUUGGAGAACUAUUCUCUUACGUGAAGCAGGAGGGAGCAAAGGUUGCUUGGUUUGAGUGUACAUCAACUAUUGAUGAUGUUGUGCAAGGUACUGCAUGGUAUUAUAUUGGUUGCGGUGUAUGCCAUACUAAGGCAACCAAAGGGCCUACAACACUCAUGUGUAAGAAAUGUGGAAAAAAUGAGAUUGUUGGUGUUGCACAGUAUUUGUCGAAGAUCUCUGUUUAUGACAAGGAGGACCAGGCUAAUUUUGUGCUCAUUGGCGAUGCUGGGUUUGAGUUGACUGGGAAAAAAGCAUCAGAGUUGGUUGAGAGCUACUUUGAGGCCAAUGAAAGCAUGGAAGAUGAUCACAUUGUCCCCGUCCCUCAAGCUCUGAUUGAUACCAUUGGGCAAACUCACAAGUUUGUUGUCAAGGUAUCAACCCAUAACUUGACCGGCAAGGUUCAAUCUUUCACUGUUACCAAGGUACUGCGCCCUGAGCCUAUAGAACCUGAAGGCAACUUGGAUGAGGAAGCUGAAGAUGACAAGGGGGCAUCUGCAGAUGCGAAGAUGAAAAAGGGUUCUGAUGUGGUUGAGUCAACAGAGGGCUAGCGUGGCUAUUGUGGCUGAAAUUUCUUAUUUCUGUUUUUGGUUUUAUUAAAGACUAUGCUUUGUUGCUUUCCUUUCUAGACUCUGUUUUUCAGCAUUUGAACUUUUUUGGUAUUACUAUCUUCUGGUUAUACUUACUUUUUAUUUAUUUCAAUCUAUAUCGUUUUGAUAAUAUUUGUGUGUAAGUCUUUUAGUUUUUUAAUGUG